AUGAAUGCUGAAACUCAAACCACAGCAUUAAGGGUAAAAAUUGCCCAAAAUGCUGAAACUCAAACUCAAUUUGAAUAUUUAUUUAAGCAAGCUGUUCUGCAACCUUUUACUGAGGAAUAUUUUGUUAAUCAUGAUGACAGAGUGAGGUUUUACAUUGGUUUUCCAGGUUUUGAUGUGCUCAAAGCAACUUUUCCUUUCAUCAGUCCGUUUGUCACUCAAAGGAGUAAAAGCUUGUCUUUGUUUCAAGAAUUUAUUAUGGUAUUAAUGAAAUUAAAAUUGAAUGUUCUUCUGCAAGACCUUGCAUAUAGGUUUGGCAUUUCUCUUACUACUGUUUCAAGAAACUUCUCCACCCAGUUAACAGUGAUGGAUAUCAGGCUUUCCCCAUCAUCAGAUGGCCUGAACGAGAUGAGCUCUGGCACACGAUGCCUAUCUGUUUUCAGUUCUCACUUGGCGAAAAAACCAUUAUUAUUGACUGUUUUGAGGUCUUCAUAGAACAACCUUCUAAUCUUCUAGCAAGAGCACAAACAUUUUCUAACUAUAAACAAUACAAUACUGUCAAGGUGCUCAUCCCAAUUACACCUGAAGGAUAUUUGUUUUACUUCCAAAGCAUGAGGAAGGACCUCUGAUAAAUACUCAACUGAUGUGGUUUAUUGAACCACUUGAAGCCACCAUUCAGGAGAGCAUUGCACUCUACCAGGCGCACUUAGUUAUUCCUGCCUUCACUGGAGGAAAGAGUCAACUUGAUCCACUUGAUGUGGAAUGAACACAAGGAAUUGUGAAUGUGCGAAUACAUGUCGAGCAUGUUAUUGGACUCCUGA